AGAAGAAGAAGAAGAAGAAGAAGAAGAAGUAGAAGUAGUAGUAUUGAGUGAGUGAGUGAGUGAGUGAGCAGCAAGCUAGUCAGGGUAACUGUCAAACAAAAAUAAAUAUUGCAGCCGCAUGAGAAGAUUUUAACGUUGCCGGGCGACAUGCUGUAGCUGGUCGGGUCCUCCAGUUGCAGCAACAAUGUUGCCCUCAACCGGCACCAUGAUCCGGUCUGCUGUCAAGCUGCUGCCACGGUCUAACUGGAGUCGAGCAUGUGUCGGGUGCCCAUGUAGACACAUUUCUGUGAAACCAGGAGGUGUGAAACCUAAGACAGUUCCUCCUCGGUACCUGGGCCAGCCUAGCCCCUUCACUCAUCCACACCUCAUCAAACAUGGUGAGGUGACCCCAGGCUUAAGCCAGACAGAAUAUGAGCUCCGCAGGCACAGACUAGCCUCACUCAUCGAGGCCCAGGCAGACAGGCUGGGGCCCUCUGCCUCCUCUAGCACCCAUGUGGUCAUUGUUUUGUCCCAUCCGACCCGUUACAUGACCAAUGACAUCCCUUAUCCCUUCCACCAGAACCAGGAUUUCCUCUACCUCAGUGGCAUCCUUGAGCCUGACAGUGCUUUGGUCCUUUAUGGCAAAGGGCGACCAGACCAGGCCAUCUUGUUCGUCCCCUGCAGAGACCCGGGGAGAGAGCUGUGGGACGGGCCCCGGUCGGGGAAGGAUGGGGCGGCUGCUUUGACCGGCAUUGAGAGAGUUCAUAGCACAGAAGAACUGGGUGUUGUGCUCAAGAGCCUCAGAGCCAUCUUGCUUUCUGAACUCGGGGUCCUCUGAGUUCGACCGAGUUGAUGACUAGGAACUCCUACAUCCGGGGGCGUUCCAUUUGUAACUUCUGGUCUCGGAACUCUGAAAAAAUACCUUGAAAACUUUUACAAGAG